GAAUAGGAAAGAAUGUUAAGUUUGUUUUACCACAAUAAUGUAGAUCUAUAGUUGUAAGGGGAGAAAUUGACAGAGCUAGAACAAUACCUUGUGUGUUUGAACAAAGUUAAGCUUCAAUGGCAAGACUCAGAACCAAACCUCCGGACGCACACAAUGGCAUCGACCAAUCAGUGAACGGGACAUACGGCAAAGGAUCAUCACAAGAGGAGCCUACUAGCAGAAACCAAACAGUAAAAGUUAAACAACGGUUGUCGGUUCUGACUGGAGAUGAUAUUCUAACAAUUUGUGAGAAGCUGAGAAGUGCCAGCAAAGAUUGGUUCAACUUGGGACUGGCUCUCGGGCUGAAGUUUUUCGAGUUGGAAAAUAUUCGAGAUCGAAGUACAGAUAAUGUGUGCCGCCUAACGAUGAUAGUAGCCAAGCGUCUUGAAAUCACUGAUCCACCCAUGACAUGGCCUUACAUAUGUGAAUGUCUAAGGAGGCCUACUGUUGAGCGUAACGAUGUAGCCGAGGAAAUUGAAGACAAGUAUGUGAGGACAGCAACUGCAGUUGCUCAUAGUGCCACCAACUGAUCAUGACAACCUGACAAGAUAUACUGGAAGGGGACGAAUGAAGAUCGCAAGUGAAGAAGCAUGCAAUCAAUAAUUACAAUGACUCUUAGCUGACUGUAUACAUUAUAAAGUAUGAUCAUGACAUUUAAGAACUGUAA